GUUGAUUUCUAGUUUAAACGCCUUAACCCGUUUCCAAGCUGCAAAAAAGGGAAACGGAAGCCGAAGAUCUCUGGAAAUCCCGAAACUACAGAACCCAACAAAUUAUUUUCCAGGGGAAUGCUGGACAUUUGGGAAGGAAAGGUUGAUUGUUGAAGAUAUUAUAACAUGGUGGGUUAACAGACAGAACCUUGGAAAGCUUCCUCUUGUGGCUUUGGGGGCUUCUUCUGGUGGGUAUUUUGUAUCUGCAAUUGCUAAUGAUUUGAAGUUUAGUAGUAUUACACUUAUGAUCGCUGAAGGCUUAUUUGAUCGCAUGGACAUCAAAGAGGACUAUCCACCUACCCUUUUUGUGCACAUGCCAAAAGAUACACAUAGGCAACAAAAAAUAACUGAAUUUAUGCAAGUCUUGAGAAGUAAAAGGGUUCAUGUUGCAGAGAUUAAAUGCAUGGAGUUGCCUCUGUCACCAACCUUUUUGUCUGAUAGAAUCCCAGGUGUUGGUCAGACUGUUUCGGCUAUGUUGUUCGAUUUGUUCAGGGAGAAAGGCUUUGUUGACAAGAAUGGGUAUAUGAAACGGGACGGACGUGCAACACGUUGGGAAGAUGCUAUCCAGGAUAGUAAGCCUAAUUUGCUGGAAAACCAUUUGGUGCAUCCUGUUCAGGAGGAGCUAAAUCUUGCAUUUGCGUAUCACGAAAUGACUAGUUUGCAAUCCGAAGAUAUUCUUAAAUGGUUCGAAUCUCAUAUGACCUGAGCAGCCGUCUAUUGUACCGCAGUACUGACUGUUUGAAAGGUGAUAGGUGAUACACUGUUCAUAGUAACAAUACCUACACUUGAGCUGGACAUAUUUGUUUAGUGUUUGAAGUUUGUCUUUAAAUAACCAAAGACUAGGAUGUAAAACUGCAGGAUCCAUUAUGUAUUAAGUAAAUUUAGCUGUAUGUGGGAAACAAACCAAUCUUCAUUACACUGAAUACUAUUAUUCACUUGUAUGUUUUGAAUUGCAAAAUGUCCUUUGUUUGCUUGCUUUGAA